UUCAGCCGAAGUGCGGCCUUAUCUUGCCGUCCAAACAGAAAGCGAAGCUGUCCUAAGCACAUCGAUUUGAGAGGGAAAAUCAAUUUAGGAAGGGGGAAACUCCUUUCCUCAUCUUGAUUCUUUCGAGAGUUCAUUCGUCAAAAACUUAAUGCGCUAUGAAGAGAAGACAUAGCGAUAAAGUUUCGAUUCGUAUCCACAGCAUCGGCACACCGUUGAUCUCCACGUCUUCCGGUUCACCCGUAGAGUCACUCCACAUCGAUUCAGAUCGACCCUACACGAUUGGUCGAAGCAUCGACAACGGGUCGUCGUGCCAUUUCGUCCUCGAUCAUGGCGGAAUCAGUAGAAACCACUGCCAGAUUCUAUUCGAUUCACAAAGUAGCAAACUUUAUAUCUUCGACGGUGUGUUCAGUCAAAAUUUCGAUGAGUUCAGGAAGAGAUUGAUUGGCGUUGAUAGAGUGGAGAAAGAAAGUUUGAGAUUUAGGGUUUCUUUGAACGGUGUGUAUGUUAAUCGUGUUAGGGUUAGGAGAGGUAGAGUUCGAGAGGUUUUGGCUGGUGACGAGGUGUUGUUUGUUUGUGGGAAGGGAGGGCUGUGUUAUAAAGAUGGACGAGUUGGGUUUGUGGUUCAGGAGAUUGGUUUUGAAGGGGUUGGAGUUUCGGUCUCUUCAGGACAUUCUAGGGGGAGUUUUUCCGGUGGGAAGAGGAGCAGAAGGGUUUUUGCUCCGAUGGAAAAUGAAGUCAGUUCUCUGGUUUCUGGGUUUUAUCUUCCUGCUAAAGCUGUUGGUGUUGUUGAGAGAUUGAACUCUCUUGUAAGCUAUUGUAGACAUGUGUUGAAUAGUGAUGAUCCUGUAUCUUGCCUUAGGCUAUCAGAUUCGGGAAAAGAAUGUAUAUCCUGUUGUACAAUGUUAAGGUCGAAAGUAGGCAGAGAAGUCGAGAGAGAUGAGAAAAAUAAUGAGAUGGGUCAUGGUAUGUCUGGUUUAAAGGUGAGGGAUGAGGGACCAAGCCCAGAAUUAAAUAUAGGUACAAAUUUAGUUGUCUCAGAGUUGGUUAGCCAAGUAGAAAGUGACGGUGUUGCUUGUAUUUCUGCUAGCGAUAAGACGAGGACAAUGCUUCCUUUGGAAGAGGAGAAAGAAAACACUCCUGGUAAUAGUUACAUCAAUAAGGAUAAAAGCUAUCAAUGUUCUCUACAAUCACCUGGGAAGAACUUUUAUCUGAAUCGCCUUCAGUAUAUUGAACAAGACCUAGCUGGUAGUCAACGUGUGGUUUCUUUGCCAGAACUUCUUUACCCUGUGGAAAGCAUCUCACAAAUCUUCGUUGCAACAUUUACAAGUGAUAUCUUAUGGUUUCUUACCGGUUGUGAGAUACCGAGUCGUUUGCCUGUGACUGUUGCAUGUCACCAUGCUGAGAGAUGUUGGAGCGCAAGCCCUGAUGCAAGAACAACUACUCCUUUGCCAAAUUACCCAAAUGUAGCUAUGGUGUUUCCACCAUUUCCUGAGGAAAUAGCAUUUGGGAAAGACCGAAAGAACCGAGGCAUUGCUUGUCAUCACCCCAAGCUGUUUAUUUUGCAAAGAGAAGAUAGUAUUCGUGUAAUUAUUACGUCUGCAAACUUAGUAGCAAGACAGUGGGAUGACGUGACCAACACAGUUUGGUGGCAAGACUUUCCACGAAGAGCAAACCCUGAUUUCUUAUCUCUUUUCAGCCAUUUCAAAAAGGAAACCAAUGGUGGUUUAAGAUCAGAUUUUGGUGCUCAGCUGGCUGGAUUUGCUGCGACACUUUUGGCUGAUGUUCCAAGCCAAGCCCAUUGGAUUCUCGAGCUCACAAAAUACAACUUUGAACACUCAGCAGGUCAUCUUGUCGCUUCGGUGCCUGGAAUUCAUUCUUAUAAGCCGUCUUAUCUUACAGAAUCUGUUCGCUCAAGCACCUAUUUCAAUGAAGAGUUUCUAGGAUCUGUUGAAGCGUCUGUCGUUGGCCUCAGUUACCUUUUCCGAUCUACUAGUGAUUCUACAGGAGCACAACUGAAACGGCUGGCUUCAUAUAUUAGCAGAACCCGUGAAAACUCUCUCGGAAUGUUGGAACUUGUUAUGAGAAGGAAUACUAAUGUGCCUGCUGACGUGAAUGCGGUGAGCGUCCUUGUCCCUAACCCUGAUGAUGAUUCGAGAGACGAGUUUGUCCAACUAGGCUUUUUGCCGCGGAAUAUUGCAAAAUGGGUUUCUCCUCUGUGGGAUAUUGGGUUCUUUAAAUUUGUGGGGUAUGUGUAUCGGGAUGAAGUCCUUGCAGCUGCUUCUUGUAGGAGCAACCAGAAGGUGCAACUGAUGCUGCAUGUAUUACAGGGAGUAUCCAUUUCAGAUAUGUCAAAGCUAAUUCAACCACAUCAUGUCGUUGCGCUGAGCUCGUUGAUUGCUUCACUUCAGAGAUGUACUGGCAUUUGGAGGCUACAAGAGGUGUUAGGCUGCUACAAGUGGCCUGAAUCUCAAGAAUCUGAUUUCGUCUACAGUGCAUCUUCGGUUGGAGGCUCAGUAACUGCAGGUUUUCAAGCUGAUUUUGCAUCAGCUGCAGGUAAAAAAGUUCAAGAUUUUGACUCCCAGGAGUCUGAUCCUGAGUGGGGAUGCUGGAGUGCUAGGGAAGAACGGGAAGCUCCUUCCAUUAAAAUCAUCUUCCCUACCAUUGAAAGGGUGAAGAAUGGCCAGCAUGGUGUUCUGUCUUCAAGACGUCUGCUCUGCUUCUCCGAGAAAACCUGGCAAAAGUUGAGAUAUAACAACGUGCUUCACGAUGCAGUUCCUAAUCCUCAGGACAGAGUUGGGCACCCUAUGCAUAUCAAGGUGGCUAGAAGACGCUUCACCUCCACUAGAGGUUUACGGUCUUCUUCAUUUGGUUGGGUUUACUGCGGCUCACAUAAUUUCAGUGCAGCUGCUUGGGGACAGACCAUUUCCAGAUCCUCCAGGAACAACCAGGACCAGUUCCACAAUGCCAUGAGAUCAGUUAAUAAGCUUCGUGUAUGCAACUACGAGCUCGGGAUUGUAUUUGUUUUCCCUCCACCUCGUGAAGGAACUGACUCAUGUGAUGGGUCUAAGAUUGAUGAUAUUGUGUUGCCGUUCGUUGUACCGGCUCCAAAAUAUGGAUGGAGUGAUAGACCGGCUACAGGUUUGGCUUUGAGGGAAGCUUUGGCCGAGUUCAGGGAAGGCUCUAGCAGUUUCUUUGGAGAAAGUGAAGCUGAGGAAGAAGUAGAAGAGAAAGAGGAAGAGGAAGAAGAGGCUGCAGCUGAAGCUGAAGGAAGAGGAGAGUUUGUUGCAGAAGAGGAGAAGCAAGAAGAGAAGGCUUACGCUGAGGCGUUGUGGAGCCAGGUCGAGUCCUCCUCCCCCAGCCCCUGAAAACUACUUAUUGUAUGAAACCUGUAUAAUCAUUUGUUGAAAUUAUAAAGGGUAAGAAAUAAAAAUGAGAUUUUUUUUGUCGUCUU